AUAAAAGUUAUAGUGAAAAUUUUAAUAAAAGUUAUUUUGAAAUUAAGAACCAUUCGUGAAAGUAACUUGCGUCCAUUUCGUUGUGUUUGCAAUAAGACUUCACGAUGGCUAAAGUUCCCAUUUUGGUUGUGUUGCUGCUGCAACUACUUUGCACGUUGUUAGAAGUAUCCGGACAACAAUCUCCAUGUCUUGAAUACUUCACAUAUAUAUUCGAUCCUGCGACGAAUCAAGUGAUGGGUCAGAUCCAAAUCCCAUCCCCGCCAAAAAACGUCGAACUUUAUUUGAAAGUGACAUUAAGCAUCGCUGUUGAGUUACCCACGAACUAUGUCGGUAUAUUGAAAGUGGCGCAAUCGAAAAACAAAUUAGUGGAUCAAACGGAUAAACCUUUGUUGUAUCACAUUUAUUUUCCUUUGCCUCAACCGAUACCACAACUAACCGGAAUAUGGUUUAACAAUCAACAAUAUUGUUCAGGUCCUCACACAACGGGAGAAGUCGUGACUUCCAUUACGCUGGAUCACACUUUGUAUCUGUCUUCUGUGUUGCCGAACUCACAGAAUUCCUAUGAUUCGUCGCAGCAAAAUCUGAACACAAAUUUCCAAUCCAAUAUCUCUUUGUCGACUCCGCAGCCGACAGUUCCAGUUUAUACGUCAACGUCACAUACACCUCUCACUCAACGUCCGAUCACUUCCUCCGAGAUCAACAAAAAUCCACUUUUAAAGCCACAGUCACCUGUUCAACCUGAUCAACAAAGUUCCGAGUGCGGUAUCAGCAGUCCGCCAAUCAUCUACAAUUCUUUAAGCUCCAAUGACAUGAAGACGUCACGGGGUCAGUGGCCGUGGUUAGUGGCGAUCUUUCACUUCAGAACCAAAUAUGAAUUGUUAUGUGUCGGCUCCAUUCUAUCUAAAAAACACGUUAUAACAGCGGCAAGCUGCCUUAAGACGACCGAAAGCUUCUCUCCCGAUGCAUUGAUGGCAUCUUUCGGAAAAUAUCUGCUUAAUCAGAAUGAAACAGGAACCGAAUAUAGAGAGAUUGCGUACUUUACGUUCCAUCCUGAUUUCAAUUCCUCAAGCACUAGUGGUGACGCCGAUUUGGCGAUUCUGACAAUGAAGACUCCCGUCGAGUUUAGCCCUACGAUCAGACCUAUUUGUAUGUGGUAUACCUCGGUCGAUCUGCAGAAAAUCGUCGACAAGACAGGAUAUAUCGUAUGGUGGAAGGAACCUUUUACCGAGGAACCCCGAAUGUUAAAGGCGCCAAUAGUGAGUCAGGAGACAUGUCUUUCGAGUCACCUGCAGUUCUCCAGCUUGACUUCGAAUCGCACUUUUUGUGCUGGUAUGCGAGACGGCAACGGUCCAUGCUUUGGAAGUGGUGGAAGCGGAUUAAUGCUUUACGAUCCUGACACGCAGCGUUAUCAAAUGCGCGGCAUCCUUUCGCGGACUGUGAGAGAGCCCACGAAUUUCUGCCAUGGCAGGCACUACUUUGUCUUCGUUGACGUAGCCAAAUAUGUAUCCUGGAUUUACCCGCAGAUCUCUACUGAAUAACAAUAUUACCAAGAAGGCACAAUUUAUCUCUAAGUUUCUUAGAGUGAAAUCUAACUCCAAACGAGUGAAUAUUCACUCCAAGUAGUAGUGAAAAUACUGCCACUCGUAAUUAGUGAACAUUUACUUUUCACAAAAGUGAAUUGUUUAACUCUGAACGUAAAGUGAAUGUGUCACUCGGUUCGAAGUGAAUAAUUCACUCAAUCAGAGUGAAGUCAUCACUUUCGUCGAGUUAUUUUUCUCUCAAUUACGAGUGAACAGAACUUCAGUCUUAGGAAGUGAGAUUUUAAGCCGUCUUUCACUAGUAAUAAGAUAAUACGUUACGUAUGACGUGAAGCUUCAAUUAGUUGAAAUGAGAAACAAUCAUUGCUUUUUACUUGAAUUAAACGAAGCUGAACAUCGCACACAGUUACUUAUUGUCGGUGUAAAAACCGAUUAAUCUCCUUUUUCCUUAUUUCCUAUGACAUCAAUCCUAUGUGGUUUUCUUGCCUAAAUUUUCCUAUUUUAUUUAGAUUUUGUCUCACAAA